AUGAAUUGCUUUACCUUCCACCCGUCUGAUUACAAGCCUGGCCCAAACUCUCAGUUUGCUCCUUUGCGAAUGAUUUUUGAAGCCAAGCAAGAUGGACGACGCAAAGAAAGAUCGGUUUGCGGAGGUCACCUCGUGGACCCCCGAGGGAUCUUGACUAAGUCUACUGUUCUGAAGGGUGUCAGUGUCAGAUUGCUAGACAUGGUGGCCCACCGUGAUGAUUUGACUAUUCUCCAUGGAGAUGUUGGCAAUGCUUUCAUUACUGCCAAAUGUCUAGAGGAGAUACAUUCUACUGCUGGCCCCGAGUUUGGAGAGCGUGAAGGCGCUGUUGUUACUAUCAACAAGGCCCUCUACGGCUUAAGGUCUAGCUCAAGGGCCUACAGGGAAAAUUUUGCUGCGUUUAUGCGUACAAUUGGUUUUGAACCUACUCGGUACGACCGUGACGUCUGGAUGAGACUCCGUGAAGACGAAUCUGGGUACGAUUAUCUUUGCACUCAUAUCGACGACUUCAAAGUUGUAGCCAAGGAUCCUCAACGGUGGGUCAAUGCUAUUGCUGGUGCCUUUCAAUUGAAAUGCUCCGGUGCGCCAGACUACUACCUUGGACCAGCUUCUCAUCCUGAAACGGAUACUUCAGAUUUCCUUGACGAUGCCGGAAAACACCAAUAUCAGAUGUUGGUGGGCAUGGCCCAGUGGGCCGUCACGAUCGGACGUAUGGACAUUGCUUAUGCAGUUGCCUCGUUAAGUCGUUUUUCUGCUGCUCCUCGCCAAGGACACCUGGAAUUAGCUUUUUAUCUUUUUGGAUACCUGAAGCGUUUUCCCAGCAAGCAACUUCCUGUCUGCUCCGAUCCCCUUGAAAUCCAUCCUACUCUACUUGACAAGAAAGGUGAUUUUAUCCCAGAUUUCUUGAAGGAAUAUCCGGAUGCCAAAGAAGAUUGUGACCCCAAGGAAGCAAAAGCUUACAGGAAACCGGUACAAACAAGUGUGUUUUUUGACGCCAAUUUGGCCCACGAUUUGCAGACUCGUCGCUCUAUCACUGGUCUGCUCGUGUAUGUCGGAAGUACUCUCGUUUCAUGGACUUCUAAACGUCAGGGCUGUAUUGCUUCAAGCACAUAUUGCUCGGAGUUUAUCGCAAUGCGCGCUGCAGUAGAGGAGGCCAUGUCCCUCAGGUACAUGUUACGGUCACUGGGCGUUCCUGUUGAGGAACCUACCAAUCUAAUUGGAUACAACCUCGGAGUGAUCCAAACUGCUAGCAUUCCUGAAGCGGAUCUCAAGAAGAAACAUGUUGUGAUUUCCUACCACUGUGUCCGUGAGGUCGUUGCUGCACAAAUUGUCAAACCCAUUUGGUGUGAUACCAGUGAAAAUUGGGCAGACAUUUGUACUAAAGCGUUGGGAGGCGUCAAAUUGAAUGCCAUUCUCAGUAGAACUAUGCUUUAG